AAGCGUGGGCAGCGCCGCACACCAGCCCUGCCAGCCCGCGCCGGCCCUCUCCUUGAUGCAGAGCCCACGGCUAAAAGCCCCUGGUCUUUGGACCCCACUGGACGCCUCCGCUGCGCCCAGCUCCGCCCCGCCCCGCCCCUCCGCCGCUCUCAGCUGCCUACCCCGCCCUCUGCGCACUGUGCGCUCGGCUGUUUUCGCGCCCGGCGCUCGGCGGCGCUCGGCUGUCUCCGGCCGCUCACUCGGCGCUCGGGUCCGCGGCCGCUGCGGUGCUGGGCAUUUCUCCGCAGCUCGGCUUGCGGCCGCGCCCGCCGCUGCCUGGCCCCGCGCCCAUGCAGGCCAUCAAGUGCGUGGUGGUUGGUGACGGUGCUGUCGGGAAGACAUGCCUACUGAUCAGCUAUACGACCAACGCCUUCCCUGGAGAAUACAUCCCCACUGUUUUUGACAACUAUUCAGCCAACGUGAUGGUGGACGGGAAGCCUGUCAACCUGGGGCUAUGGGACACUGCUGGGCAGGAGGACUAUGACCGGCUGCGGCCACUCUCCUAUCCCCAAACUGAUGUCUUUCUGAUCUGUUUCUCCUUGGUGAGCCCGGCUUCCUUUGAGAAUGUUCGUGCCAAGUGGUACCCAGAGGUACGGCACCACUGCCCCCACACGCCAAUCCUGUUAGUGGGCACCAAGCUUGACCUUCGUGAUGACAAGGACACCAUCGAGCGGCUGCGGGACAAGAAGCUGGCACCUAUCACCUACCCACAGGGCUUGGCCAUGGCCCGAGAGAUUGGUGAGCUCUGUCAAAUACCUGGAGUGCUCGGCCCUGACCCAGCGGGGCCUGAAAACAGUAUUCGAUGAGGCCAUCCGGGCAGUGCUCUGCCCACCUCCUGUGAAAAAGCCAGGCAAGAAGUGCACAGUCUUCUAGAGCCUAGAGCCCCUGCCCCUGGGCCAGCCUGGUGGAGGAGCAGCCCCUGGUCCGAAUGUGCUGUCGUGUCAAGCUGUCUGGUGUCUGAGUCUGCUGUGGGGAGUGACGGGGGGAAGGGAAGCAUGGGGACAAGGCUGGGGUGAUGGGGUCCUGUCCCCUCUGCCUCCUCUUUCUGGGGUGCAGCUUCAGCCUUCCCUGGCCCCCAUGGGAGGCUGGGAGGGAGCAGGGUCUCCCUCAGGGCUGCAGGGACAGGUCCAGGGCAGCCCCAGGACGGGCUUCCCUGAUGGGGAGGGUGGGGGGGGAUCUGUCUAUUGGGUUCAUGGAAGGGGCAGCCCCUUCUUAUUUUAUACAAUAAACAUUCUUCACCAACGUCUCCUGCCUCUCAUUACCCUCUACCUAGGUUUGGGAGUGCAGAAGGCCUCAGUGUAUGAGUUCCUAGAGGACUCUGAGCUUGGCACCCUACCCCCAAGGAAGAGAGGCUGCCACCACCCAAGACACCAGGUCAAAACGGGACAGGUGCCUGGCAUACCUUCAGGUGCUGGCAGGUGCAGUGCUGCCCUGAGAUCUGGGAGACACACUGGAGUGUGCUGGCUGCACUGUCCAGCAGCUCCCCACAAUACCCCCUACCUCCUGUGUUUGUUUUUGUUUUGAGACAGGGUCUCACUAUGUAGUUAAGGCUGGCCUUGAACUCAUGGCAGUCCUCCUGUCUCAGCCUCCUGAGUGCUGGAAUUACAGGCUUACGCCACCAUAGCUGGCCUCCUUUGGUUGGUAUUAAAGACAUCAGGCAGAGGGGCCAAGGCAGACAGAGGCACAGAAAUGGUGGUGUGUGCUGGCUAUAGCACCCAGGCCUGCCAGCCUGGGUUACAUACAGACUUCAAGUUCAGCCUGAACAAAUACAGUGAAGCUCUUGUCUCAGGAAAUAAAAAAAAGUAGACAUAUAACACCUUAA